AUGUCAACAUGGAUCUCCAUCCUGGCGUUCUUGACCGUGAUACAAACUAUCGUCUGGCGGGACAGUGCAGAUACCAGUAUCGCGCCCAUCCUCUGUGACCUUUCAAUACGCGUACAAGUGGGCGAAAUAGCAGCUGGGCCCGCGUGCGCCUUCAUAAUUGCCCGGAGCCUUUACCUGAUUAUCCGGCAUCCGACCUGGGACUAUGAAGAUAGACGAAGACACCGACGCACUCUGGCUCUCAAUCUAUUCCUAGUCAUUGGUCUUCCUAUCAUUAUCAAUGUACAAUAUUAUACGGUGCAAAACUCUCGCUUCCAGGUGUUUGAGCAAUUGGGAUGCACAUUCAAUUGGCAGUCUUCAGGGCUGGCAGUCAUCAUGCUCGGUCUCAUUCCCGUGGUAUUAUCGAUUGCGUCGAUAAUGUAUCUUGUCUCUGUUGCUGCGACCCUUUGGAAACACAAACGCAACAUGAGCCACCUCUUCGUAUCGCACACCAGCAUCACCCCGUCUCUCUAUAUUCGAAUCUUGGCGUUUGGACUCAUCCUCCUCAUCGACUCCGGUAUCUUCAUCGGGAAUCUGUUCCCGCCACCGACCGGAUUUUAUCCCGGCUGGAACGUCGUUCACGGGAACUGGUCUCCAGAAGCCAUCCCUGCCGCGGAAUGGCAAACGCAGUCUGUGGGUCGGCUGACAGUAGUCUGGAAUGGCUGGAUCAACGUGUGGUUAGCUGCCAUAGUGUUCGGGCUGUUUGUAGUCUCCCGUAGUCAGACUCAUGUCAUGUCGCGCUGCUCCAUUAGAGUCUGCUAG